AUUAAAAAACGGAAGUGAAUAACGGUCAUGCGCAUUUGCAUAGCAACAUUGAUGCCAGUACUUAGCAAAUAAUAAGAUAAAGAAGAAUCACAUAAGAAACCACGAUUUUAUUGAUAUAUCAGCACUAAUCUGGUGUUCAAAACAACCAUUAAACAUGGAAGUGGACAAAAAACCAUCGAAAAUUUCAUUCAUGACAACUCUGGAUAGAGAGCUGUUCCCAAUCAAAAUGCCUCGGAAUCGGUUUGGGAAUGAAAUAGCACCUUUAAGAGGAGCACCACAUCGAGGCCCUGGUUGUUAUGAGAACGAAGAUAAAACCAAUUUUAUUUACCAAGUAGACACAAAGCUUUUAAGCAACAAAGGUUAUUCUAUGGGAGCUAGAACAGGACCUAGGAUACGGAGAGAUUUUGUGUUUAGAACACCUUGCCCAACAAGCUACCAGAAGAACAACACAGAUCUUCAAACAUUUGAAACAGAUAACAAACCAUUUUUAGUCGGAGCAGACAGAUUUCCAAUAUACAAAAGAGAUAUUGUAGAUGUAUUACCAGGGGCUGGAACAUACGAACACGAAAUACCAAAAAACAGAAAAGUACAGUGGCAUCAAUCCUUUGGAGGAACACCCAUCUUGAUGCCUUCAAUUACCGUACAGAGUACAAUCAACAAAAAUACUGAUAAGUUGUACAGUACAAAAGAGGAACAGAAAUAUCAUAGAAAACUGGCGUACCUGAAGCUGUAUUAUGAAUGAACUCCUUUGUCAGACAAAACCAAAACAAAUAUUUGUAAUGUAAAAAAUGUAAUGUGGAACUUUGGCUCUUUAAGAUAACAGUAACCAGCUUAAAUUAUAUUUCAGAAAUGAGAAAACACAAUUGUUAUUUCUUUUUUAUU